GACAUUACAUUUCUGUGGAUACGUCUUAUGAGGGUGAGAAAGCAGUGCUGACCAGCCCUGAGCUGUACUCUGAGGAGUGGAGCUGUGUCAGACUGAUUUAUCAGAUAGCAACGACUUCAGAGACUUCACCUCAUCCCGCCAGGCUCAACCUGUACCUGAGGCAGGAAGGAGAGAGCUUUGAUCGUUUGCUGUGGUCAGCUAAGGAGCCUUCAGAUAGCUGGCUCAUAGCUAGCUUAGAUUUGACGAACAGCACCAAGAAAUACAAGAUUGUACUGGAAGGUGAAAUGGGACAAGAUAAAUCUGCCAGUAUAGCAGUUUUUGAAAUUAAAAUAACUCCUGGAUAUUGUAUUGAAUGUGACUUUGAAGAAAAUCAUCUUUGUGGCUUUGUGAACCGCUGGAACCCCAAUGUCAACUGGUUUGUUGGUGGAGGGAACAUUCGCAGUUCUCAGUCUAUCCUGCCCAAAGACCACACACUUAACAGUGAACUAGGUCACUACAUGUAUGUGGACUCUGUUUACGUCAAACAUUUUCAGGAAGUGGCCCAGCUAAUCUCACCGAAGACAACAGCCCCAAUGUCUGGCUGCUUAUCUUUUUAUUAUCAACUUAAGCAGGAGAGUAGCAUUGUUUUUACCGUUUACUUGAGAGACACGAGUGGCUUUUAUGAAGAGAUCUGGAAAACAGACAGUGCACUGAGUGCGGACUGGGUGCUAGCAGAAGUUGACUUUGAUGCGCCUUACCCCAUGGAGGUAAUAUUUGAAGUUGCUUUCAAUAGUGCCAAGGGAGGUUACGUUGCCCUUGAUGACAUCUCUUUCUCUCCGGUUUACUGCAGCAAUCAGACAGGAACUCCUUUCAAUCCUGCUCAGGCAGGCUGCAGUUUUGAGGAAGAUCUGUGUAAUUUUUACCAGGAUCACAAAGACAGCCCAGGAUGGAGCAGAGUGAAAGUGAAGCGUAAUGUGUAUAGAGCAGGAGAUCACACUACUGGGUUUGGUUAUUACUUGUUGGCGAACACAAAGUUUACGUCACAGCCUGGGUACAUUGGACGUCUAUAUGGCCCGACCCUGCCAGGAAACUUGCAGUUUUGUCUGCGUUUUUAUUAUGCCUUAUAUGGGUUUUUCAAAAUGAGUGGCACUCUUGCUGUUUAUAUCUUUGAGGAGAAUCAUGUCGUUCAAGAGAAAAUCUGGUCUGUCUUGGACUCUCCAAGGGGAGUUUGGACUCAAGCUGAGAUCUCUUUCAAAAAGCCUAUGCCUUGCAAGGUUGUCUUUGUCAGCUGGUGUAAAAGCUUCUGGGACUGUGGACUUGUGGCACUGGAUGAUGUAUCAUUGAGCCUGGGAAGCUGCCAGGCUGCUGAUCUAUUACUGCCCAAUCCCGGGGAGUGUACUUUUGAAAAAGAUGAGUGUAUGUUUACCCAGAAGAAGAGAGGCCGUGGGAGUUGGCACAGGAGGAGAGGCCCAACUCCCACUUCUUACACUGGACCAAAAGGAGAUCACACUACUGGGGUAGGAUACUACAUGUAUAUAGAGGCAUCCAAUAUGGUCUAUGGGCAGAGAGCAUACCUAGUUUCAAGAUCGCUAAGAGGAACGUCUGGAAAACAGUGCUUGACAUUUUUCUAUCACAUGUAUGGAGCUGGGACUGGAUUAUUAAGUGUUUAUCUAAAAAAGGAAGGUGAUGAUGAAGAGAUUCCUUUGUGGAGGAGGACAGGGGAACAAAGCAUCUCAUGGCUAAGGGGACUGAUAGAAUAUGAAAGUGAUAGAAACUACCAGAUUAUUUUUGAGGCAAUCCGCGGUGUGUCAAUGAGAAGUGACACUGCUAUUGAUGAUAUCCUAUUCCAGGCAGGACCCUGUUUAGAAGUGGAAGAAAUUCAAUUCUCAGCAGGCUAUCCUGACAGCUUAAAUGAAAUUGAGUAUUAA